CCCACCAGCCCUGUCAAGAUCCCUACCACCAACGGCAGCCGCCCCAUCACCCACCCGCAGAAGCGACACACGUCGCAGCGCAGACGACCCCGGGAUUCGUUCUCCCCCGACUCCAUUUCCCCGUCGCUUGUCGCCCUCCUUGCUGUUACGGAUAUCCCACGACCCAGGCAACUUCGGCGUCGCCGCCGAACCGUCAAGUCCUUGACGGUGGACGAGGUCAUGGAUUGCGGCCAUGGUUCCGAGAAGGACCUGAGCUGGUCCCUGAGCCGGAGCCCGCUUGACAUGCUCCUCUCACCACCCCAGGAUGCCAUGGACGACGAUGACAGCGUGAGCGACUGCAACAUUGGCUCUGCCAUGUCUACCAGGACAUAUUCCAUGGAUUCUAUCCCAUCAUUGGACGAAUCCUUCACUAGCGACGGCCUCUCUUUUGACACCCCCAGGACCCCUAGCCCGUUAUCGCGCCGGAGCCGGUCCUCGCCUAUGCGCAAGUCUCUAGAGCCUGUUGUGUCACCUCCAGGCUCUGUUGACGAGCAUCCUUUAGCUGGCGGCGAUCUUGAAGGCGACGAAUUUGAGAUCAAAUUAUCAACGCAACCGGAAGAGACUGUCCCCAAGUCCCAGUUUCUCAAGCCCUUUAAGCCGCUCAGGUCCGUCUUCAAGUCCAACUUGACUGCCUCGCUGCGAGCUCUGAGGUCGGCCGCCAAGUCCUUCUCUGCUAUUAACUUUCCCUCUAUCCCACCGGACGACUUCUUGACCCGGUCGAUUCUCACCAUCGAUCCCAACGUGCCCUACACGGAUGAGCGACGACCCCCUGUUCUCGAGGACAUCCCUUCGGAAGCCAUGCGCCGCUAUCUCAACCCAACUACGAACUCGCGCAUUGAGUCACCAUCGAAGACUUUUAGGACUGGAACCUUUGCAGCAUCAAUUCAAAUGCGCACCUACAAGAUCCAGCGAUCCCGGUCCACUCCACCAUCGUCCCGGAACCCUUAUCCAUCAACGUCGCUUCAAACCUCGCCUGCACCUCAGCAGCCACAGCCGCAAGCCCCCGCCCAGACUCCCGUCGCAACACCCCCCGGCAUGCGUCAGCGUGAGAUGCGUGAGAAUUCCGACUUUAUCCGGAUCGCUGUCAUGGAAAUGGCCAUGCGCAAACGCGGCAAACUGGAUGACCAGCGACCAGGCCGCGCCCGAUGGGCGCUACCGCCCAGAAAGAUGACGACCAAGCCUUACGAGGUUGCAUCUGAUGGUGUCCCGGUCCGGUGGAUCCCCCUUUCA